UUGGUAUAUAAAGCCUGCCGCGGAAAACCCGGAGCAUCAUUCAGUGGUGAGUUUCUCAGUUCAUUCACAACCCCGCAUUCGAUUAUUUCGUACAAAAAUAAAAACCACCAUGAAGAGCUUCGCGGUUUUCCUUAUCGUCGGCGUCGCGAUGUCCGUCGCCAAUCCGGUUGACGUCGAGUCUAUCGAGCCCGUAAAGACGACUAAGGUUGAAGAUGCCGUGGAGCCGGUAGAUCCGAGCGUCAGAGACAAACGCACCCUCCUCGUUGGCGCUGCUCCCUACGUGGCCCCGGUUGCUUAUUCGGCCUACGCAGCGCCCGUGGCUUACACCACCUAUUCAUCCCCCUACACGAGCUACCCCGUCGCCUAUUCAGCCUACAGUGCCUAUCCGUAUUACGCUUCGUCCUACUACGUCGUGUAGAGACUUUGGGAUGCAGCGCGAUGUCUGGUGGUAGGGUAAAUGCAUGUAACGAAAAUUUUAAGAGUAUGUAGUUGAGGGGGGAAAAAAAAAUCUUAAAAAUAUCACGAAAAAUACGAACUAUGUAACAUUCUUAACUUAUCGCUGCAGUAACUGAUCUGUGCAAUGUCGAUAUAUUGUUAUGAGACAUGUAUACGUUAUGUGACAAUGCGAAAUAAAUGUAUUUAUUAACAGAAA